AUAAGCAAAUAUAGAUGGUGUUAUGCUUAAAUAUUACGCUUUACAACAAACAUUAUUUGAUUUUGUAUUAAAAUGUAUGAUUUCGGAUUCUCUAUAUUGCGUUUAAGAUAAAUACCCCUCACUUCCACUUUGUAACAGCCACCGUUUGGGAUUUGAGGUCUCGUCCAAAAAUGGCUGUGGAGAAACAGUUAUGAAGAUGUGUCGAUCUACUCACCUAAUUAAUGUGGCGCAUGCUCCAAAUUAACCAAGAGUCCUCUGAUCAAGCCGGAGGACAUUUCUGGAAGGUGAGUGGAGGGCUGUGGAAGGAGAAGAGGAGGAAGAAGAGGAUUGUGGGCCAUCUUGGGACAGAGACACUGAAGAUUCUUUGGACAAUGUUUCCCAGAUUCUCCAACUCAUCAGAGAAACAGCUGCUAUAUCAGAGAGACCCUCUCUAUGGCAGGGAAAUGAGAGACAGCUCCUCCAUCACAUGACACGCGCUCUGAAGUCUGGAUUUACAACUGGUGCCUUUGUUGAACACAAUGUGGCUGAUUCCUGGGAGAUUUCAGAGGGACCUGGGGAUCUUCAGUGACAGUGUGGAAGAUAUGAAAACCCAAGAGCAUCGUUCCAGCCCUCUGAAAUCACACACACAAAGUGAUACACGGCCUCACUCCCAAAUGAAGGGUCUCCAGUUUCGCACCAUUGCCCCCAAAGCCCCAGCAGUGGUUCCGUCCUCUGCAGUUCUAUCCUGCCAACCUCCCUCAGCCCUUCCAGAAGCAUCCACGGCUGUCAGCCCCAAAUCCAUCCUUGUCCCUGCCCAGAACUAUGCACUCAUGCAGGUGGCUGGACAAGAGGGGACCUUCUCAUUGGUGGCCUUACCUCAGACACAACAGCAACAGCCAAUCCAGAAGAACCUUAAGCUGCCUAUUCCUAGAUACCAACCGGUGCGAAGCAAGAGCGCUCCAGAAAAAGGCAGUAGCAAGAUGCCGAGUCCAGCCAAGGUUUCUGCAACCAUACAAGCUCAAUCACCUGCUGUGAAAUCAGACCAGAGUUCAGACCCAGUAUCAGAGCAGCUUGUUAUGAUUGAUGCUCCUACUUCAUCCGAAAUCAACGUUGCACCCUUGCUCCCAGGUUCACAGACAGAUCGAAAAGUGGAACAAAAAAGUGAUGCCGGUCCACUCAAAAACCAGCACUAUCCUUCUGGAACCUCCCUUGUUGCCCCUGUCAAGAAAAUCUCACCGGUUAAAACCCAAAUAGAGGGUCAAGCCUCGGCUGGCAGUGCCAUCACAGUCCUUUCACCCACUAUCUUUAGCAAAGCUGUUCAGAUCAUUCCAUCUCCACCCAAGGGCAAGCUGCCCAUCCUGCCCUAUGCCAAGGUGAAGAACUCCCUCCUGGCACCAACCAGCCUCGCCAGCACCCCAUUCUCAGAGAAGCAGACUGGAGCCAAAAGCAGCCUGAAAAGCCCCCCAGACGACAAAAUCAAGUCCACAGACAGCAAAGUUAAAAGUGAAAGCCUAAGCCAAGACCACAACAACACCCAAAUCAAGAAACCUCCAGGCAAGAAACGGGGGAGGAAGAGAAAAACAAUGGAGGAUAUCCUAGCCUUCGAAGCCCGAAAGAAGAGAUCCUUGUCGUUUUUCAGAAGGAGGGUACCUGAGAAACCUCCAACUGGUGUGUCGAAUUCUGCCUCUCAAGAGAAGCUGCUUGACAUAUCCAAAAAGUAUCGGAGUAUUCGUCCCAAGCCGGUACUGGUAAUGGAAACCACUAUUCCACAACUUGUUCCGCUCCCUUCCUUGUCAACAUCGGAGAACCUCGAUCAGGAGCUCGUAUUAGGCCAGCAGAUAUCAGGACAGCAAUCGAGUGCUCCACAGCCUUCGCAAGCUACUGAUCAGCAGCCUGUGGUAGAAUGUAAAGGUGGUGGAGGAGUGAUUUACACGGGAAGUCGUCCGCUGCAUCGAUGUCCUACCUGCAACAGGUGUUUCCAGUUCAAGCAUCACUUGCAGAGCCACAUGAAUAGCCACAGUAACCUGCGGCCUUACGUCUGCCCGGUAUGCAGGAAGGCCUACGCUCAUUCAGGCAGUCUUAGCACUCAUAUGAAGCUGCACCAUGCAGAAAGCAGGCCCCGGAAGAGCCUUUGUUGUGAAUUCUGUGAGAAGUCAUUUGGUUAUGUGGGUGUCUACUUUAGCCACUUGAGAGAGGUGCACCGGGUAAUACUUACUGUUGAACCGUCCAUCAGUCAACACGAAGAAAACAUGUCUGUUGGAGAGUCUUCGGAAGCUGAUGAACAGGCCUCAGAACAACGUGUUGACCCAGUCGAGCUACAAAUUAAGUGUGGGCGCUGCCAGGCCAUCACCCCUACCUUUGCUGACAUGAAGCUGCAUUUGUUGUACGUGCACGGAGAGGAGGUUCAGGUGCGACUGAGGGAUGGGGCCAUGCGUGGGGGCCGUGAAGCAGAGGAUGAACUGGUCAAACAUGCAGCACAUUACUGGAGGCAGCUCAAUGAGAAACGUAACCUAGUGCACUGCGGCACCUGCGACGAGGAGUUCUCCUUUUCCAAGUUCAAACGCCACCUCCAUUCUCACCAUCAAGAAGCUAGAGAGAGUCAAGAAGAGGAGGACAAAGAGGAGAUGAUAGGUAAGGAGGGCCAUGUAUUAAGGGGCCUCAGUAAAGGUAUAUCCCUAAGGGUGGGGUCUCACUUUAACUGCAUCCUUUGCAGUAAGGUGUUUAAUAAGAAACAGGACGUUAUUGAGCAUUGGCGGGCACAGCACAACUGUGAAAAUCCCACCCUUCUAUGGGAUGUCCUGGACUUCAAAGGGGAGAGCAAGCUUACUGAUGGGCCAAAUUAACUGCAAAUGGGUAAUUUAUUCUUUGCUCCAUGUGUCGACUGUGUGGUUCAUGCAGGAUGCAGUGACGUUAAUGCAAAAAAAAUCCACUAACUGACUUUUUAUGUUGUUCUUGUUUUGUUUUGCACUGUUUUUUUUAAUAUCACAAAUGUUGUUUUGUAAUGCUUGAAUUUUGUAAUGUUUUAUGUUUGGUAUUUUUCUUUAACGUGCAUAAAAGCAGAAGAAAAUAAUCUAUAAAAUUCACAAACCGUAAAUUCAGUCAUAACCAUGGCCCAGGUGCAGAUGUAAUAUAACCGCCACAAAUAGAAAAACCUAAGGAUGAUAAUUAUAAUUUUUAAGGUUUGUGAACACAGUGUGUUAGUAACUGCUUCAGUUGAGUGAAUCAGGUGAAACAGACUAACAAAGGCUCAUCAAAAACACAUUGCCACUCAGACAAAUUGAAAAUUUGCUAUACUCUGAAUACAAAUGGGGAAUGAUUAGCAUGCUUGAAAUAAUAUGUCAAAGAACAUUCAAAGUAACACAAAUUAUCAGUGACAUUCCACCAACACAUAUACAUAAUCACACAGUUUCAGUCCUCAUUCCACAGCUAAAAUAAAUACUGCCAGAAAACCUCUGCUGACUUCUCAGUCUAAGACAAGCAGGUCCACUAGUAAGGAUUUAAAAAAUAAUAAUAAACUCAGUUUGGCCAAUCUUUAACUGUUAAAUUUAGUAUGAAUGUGUGUAUGUGCUUCAUUAAAUAUUCUAUGUUGUAUUUUUGGAUGGAAAUGUUAUGUAUUUAAAAUAUGUUGUUGUUUUUUUUACAUGGUGAAAUGUGGUGAUUUAUUUAUAUUAACAGUCUAUUCAAACAUAUUUCUGUUCAUAAAAAAAAUGUCAGGGUAAAGGAAUGUUAAAAAAAGCCUCCUAAUUGUUAUAUAUGUAUACUUGUAUAGAUAGAUUACAAAUAUAUCUAAAAAAUACUAUAUACAGCUGUAUAUUGAGAAUAUAUAUUUACACAAAGACUUCCCCUACUGUUUUGUUCUAAAAAAUUAACAAUGAAAUAUAUUUACCUGUUACAGUGUCUUAAAUGUUAAACCUGCAGCUUCAGCUACAUUACCAGUCAAAGGUUUGAGCACACUUGACAGAAUCUUUGGCUGAUGAUUAAGCUAUGCUUAAAUUUUAAAACACCUUUUUAGGCCUUACGUAAAAGACACCUAUGUGUAAUUUGUUUUUACUUUUAACUUUUCAUUAAAAUGAAAAAAAAAAAAGGAUGAUGGACUGAAUAGUAAAGAAAGCAGCCAAUAAGUGCCCAGCACUUCGCAGGUGGAUUCUUCAUUACUUUGUUGAGAGAUUGCCCAGAGUGUACGAAGCUGGAAUCUAGGCUGCUUAAAGGCUGAAAUACACUACAUGAUUUUUCCCCAUUUUGCAGUCUGGAAGAGUCUAUUCUAGUUUCCAAAAGUUACAGCCAGUUUGCCAAUUUUGGGUGGUCGAAGCUGACAAAUUUUAGAAAAUCACAGCGUAUAAUGGGUGCAUUUUUUUAGCUUCAGACAAUGAUUCAUUCCAGUUGGAGGAUAUCAGACAUAUUUGAUAUUUUUAGCCGAUUUUAAAACUUCAAAGUCUGGUAGUGUGUAAUCCUUUAAGUGUUUUAGUCGACCAGUGUAUGAAUCUGUUCAGUGUUGUAGCGUAUUCCAGCCUUAAAAUAAAAUAUAUUUUUGUCAUCAAAUAGUUCAAUUUUUUUUCAUAGUUGACUUUACUAUUCUGAAAAUAUAAACAUUAGUAAUGAUAAAGAGUAAGUGUGUUCAAACCUUUGACUGGUGUUCGAUCUGUAAACAGUCAUCUACUUUAACUGGUGCUGUAUAAAGCGAACAAAUAAAAGUUGACUAACGUUACAUUCUUGACAUAAAACGAACAGCAAAUCCCAAAGCACCAUUUCAUUUGUCUUUCAAAGUUGAGUUCAUAUUUUAGAUAACCUAAAGUCAGUAAUGUUGCUCUUAACAGUCAAUAAACAGAUAAAUGCUGCUUGUCUUGUUGAAAUUACCCCGCAAGUGUCUUCGUAGUAGAACGUGUCUUUGGUGGAUUGCUCCUGACUUAAGCCUGAUUUACCUUAAAAAAUGUUUUUAAAUGUGGUCUUAUUAUAUUUAAAGUGAUUGAUUGUUUAAUGAUGGACAUUUGAAAACAUUUGAAUCGGUUUCACUUAACAAGCCAGUAAUGGCACAAGUGUCUGGUAGCAUUUCCAGUUCUGAAGAUUUCCCCGCCACUGUGAUAGUUAAACGUGUCUGUUUGUGGCUUUAGAUAAACUAAGCCCUAAAUAGCAUUUGUACGAGAGAGAGCAUCGUCCCUGCAUUAUUGAUUAUUGGUGCCUAAAUAAAAAAGAAAUAACUAACGACA